AUGAUUGUCGCUUCCCAAAGCCUAGGUCGCCAUAGUUUGUGCCUUUUGCAACUUCUGUUGCUGCUUUAUUUGCGAUACAAGGCAUUUAUUCACCUAGGUAUUGCAUAA